UCUAAGUCUUCCGCUACGCUAUCUUGUGCUUUGUAUUGAGAGGUCGGUUCUUGUUCUGGUCUGCACCGUUACAGUAUGCAACAAUGGGGUUGGCACAACUGUCAGCAGCUGCGUCAACAGGCAGUGCAGUGGUAGACUGCAGCCCAGCUUUGGCCACGCAGGCCAAGAAACUCGAAGAGCGGAUCAACCACUUGGCCGCAUCUCUCGGCGACAUCAACAAGUUUGCUGGAGCAUCGACAGUCAGCAAUCAGCUGCAGACGCUCAGCGACCACGUUGAGCAACGACCGGCCGCUGUCGCCAAGGAAUGGAAGGUGCCGAACUUCAAGAUCGAGAAGUUCGAUGACUAUCACAAGACUGAUCCGCUGCAAUGGUGGAUGGCUUUCAACGCAGAGGCGGAUGUACAUCACACACCCACACAUCGGCGGCUUGACGCACUCUACCACCAACUCAUCGGAGGGGCGCAGGCUUUCAUGACACACAUGGCCGUCACGUUGGAAUGCACCAUCGCCAACCUCCACACUAAGAUUACGUGGGAGGAAUUCGAGAACAAAUGGAAGACCCGGUUCAUGGUCAACAAUGACAAACGGCGCGCCAUGAACAACAUCUUCCGCGUAUACCAAGGCCAGCAAACGUCACAGAAAUGGUUGACGGAGUGGCAAAGACUCGUCGCCACCCCGGAGUUGAACUUACCGUUCGACUCAAUCCGGGCCGAGUUCUUCGCCCGGUCAUGCGACGCCUUGACUACUGCUUUGGGCAGCGAAUUCCAGUAUGAGACCUUUAAUGACAUGAUAUCAAAGGCAAGGGAGCUCAUACAAGUACCACCUCCGUCGACGGACGGCGGAGUAGCGGUUGUUGACCUUCGUAACUAUCUUGCGAAGAUCGACCACGAGUACGCAACGCAACGGUACGUCGACAUCGACGCGCCGCUCCUCUACAUCUGCAUUCAGAUCGGAAAGGCGACCUGCAGUGCCUUGAUCGAUUGUGGAGCGACUCGCAACUACAUCAGCCAAGACUUCAUGGCACGCGCCAGGCUUGGCCCGCGCGUUCAAAGGAAAAGUCAGCCUACGCACGUCACGUUGGCCGAUGGUCGCACGCAAAAGUCAAUCGACCGAUGCGUUGACUUGGUGUCCGUGUACUUUGCCCCGCUAGCAUGCGAGGCUGUGUCUUUCGACAUAUUGGACACCAAGUUCGAUAUGAUCCUAGGCAUGUCGUGGCUGCAAAGCGAAGACCAUCCGGUGAACUUCCAUCAACGCACCCUUCAUGUUCGUGAUCGGCGUGGCGAACUAGUCCCCGAAGAGGAACUUCAAGUGCUUCAGGCACAACUAGACGACCUCUUGGCCAAGGGCUGGAUUCGCCCUAGCUGUUCGCCAUACGGUGCUCCCGUUCUCUUCGUCCGGAAGAAGAACAAGGACCUUCGUUUGUGCAUCGACUAUCGGAAACUUAACGGGCAAACGAUCAAGAACGUCGGCCCUCUCCCUCGGAUCGAUGAUCUUCUCGAGCGACUAGGCGGCGCCAAGUACUUCUCAAAGCUUGACCUCAAGUCCAGAUACCAGCAGAUCGAGAUCCAGCCAAGAGAUCGGUACAAAACCGCGUUCAAGACGCGAUAUGGGCACUUUGAGUGGAUCGUCAUGCCUUUCGGUCUCACCAAUGCCCCGGCUACUUUCCAAGCGGCUAUGACGACGGAAUUCCGUGACUUGCUCGACCGUACCGUACUCAUUUACCUUGAUGAUAUCUUGGUUUAUAGUCGGACGCUGGACGAGCACCUCGAGCACCUUCGCGCCGUAUUGGAGCGGCUCCGUAUCGCCAAGUACAAGGCGAACCACGACAACUGCGAGUUUGCCGAGCAAGAGCUGGAGUACUUAGGCCAUUACGUUACGCCGCAAGGCAUUCGUCCGCUGUCGGCGCGAAUACCCUUACAAGGGUAUCCGCCCUGUUUUUUGCAUGUGACAGGAAGUAGGUUUGGUUUAAAAUUUAAGUAUUCCGUGUGGGGCGCGGUUGCGCCUGCGGCUUAUGUUGGUUGGGUGGUUGACUAGAAUAAAGAGUGUGUGGGCGC